UUAUCAAGACCUUAAUACAGCAGAAGUAAACUGUCUGUGUUUAAAACAGUACAUAUUAAAAAUAAUUGUAUUCAUAUUUUGACAAUGUUGAGUUAAUCAGUUUACAAAUAUCAUGGCUGCAACGAGGAAAUUGCAAGGUGAAAUCGAUAGAUGUCUCAAAAAAGUAUCGGAGGGUGUUGAAACAUUUGAAGAUAUUUGGCAAAAAGUUCACAAUGCUACUAAUAGUAAUCAAAAAGAAAAGUAUGAAGCAGAUCUCAAAAAAGAAAUUAAAAAACUUCAAAGGUUACGAGAUCAAAUCAAAAGUUGGAUUGCCUCGGGUGAAAUCAAAGAUAAGAGUACGUUAUUAGAGUAUAGAAAGCUUAUUGAAACGCAAAUGGAACGGUUCAAAGUUGUAGAGAGAGAAACAAAAACAAAAGCCUAUUCUAAAGAAGGCUUAGGAGCAGCACAAAAAUUAGACCCUGCACAAAAGGAAAGAGAAGAAGUUAGCAACUGGUUAUCCAAUUCAAUUGAUGCCUUGAAUUUACAGUUAGAUACAUUCGAGUCCGAAAUAGAAUCUUUAUUAGCUGGAAAGAAGAAAAAAUUGGACAAAGAUAAACAAGACAGAAUGGAUGAUCUGAAAGCCAAACUUGAUAAACAUAGGUAUCACAUACGUAAAUUAGAAACAUUAUUACGUAUGCUUGAUAAUAUGUCCGUUGAAGUUGAUACGAUCAAAAAAAUUAAAGACGACGUUGAAUAUUACAUCGAAUCAUCGCAGGAACCCGAUUUUGAAGAAAAUGAAUAUAUAUAUGAUGAUAUAAUUGGUCUUGAUGAAAUUGAAUUAUCGGGAGUAACAAUUCCUUCUUCAGCUACUACUGAUAGUAAUAAUAGUAAUGAUACUGGUGGGACACCAACGUCUACCAAUUCAUGCACUUCUCCUAUUCCAUCUCCCUCUUUAAGUUCAACCAUGCAUAAUCAUUCAAGUGAUAGCUCUACAGAUAAUGAUAAGAAAUCGAAGCCACUAAAGCCAAUGGCUGUGAGACCAAUGCCUAAUACUCAAGCAAGUACAACUAUGACUUGCAGCACCUCUAACAUAAAAACUUCUUUGUCAAGUAGUACACCAAAUAAACAAGCUGUGACAGUAAGCCAUUCUCAAAUAAGUUCCAUGAGUCACGUUACUACGAAUACAGGAAAUUUCGCAACAAUCACAGCAGCUCAUGGUAAUUGUCAAACCAGUCUUUCAUCUUCAAACAAAAUACAACAUGGCAGCGAAAAUGGAUUGCAAUCGUCAAUCAUGGCCAAUGCUGUUAUUACACCUAUAGUUAUUACUCAGCAUCAACAGCAACAAAUGACUCAACAUCAGGCUAUUCAACAACUUCAAACUGUUUCUCAUUCUUCCCAAUCUCAUAUAACUCAACAACAUAAUAACAGUACAGCACCAACACCUCAUAUAAUUAAUAAUCCGCAGAAUCAAAACAUGUCGGAAGAGAUGGAACUAAUUUCUUCUGUACCCUGUUCUGCUACUCCUCAAAUGAGUAAUCAAUCUUCUCCAAUACUGAAUCAUUCUAUUUCGCCCGUGACAUCUACUGCAAAUAGCCAUCUAUCUAAAUUACCUGAUAACAUGUCAACUCUAAAAUCAAUUGCGCAGCAAGUAAUCGUUAGAGCUGGGAUAGAAAUUCCUUUAACUGAAUCUAAUAGGAAUAUAUACGAUACUUCGAAAAUUAAAAAUUCCAUGAACAAUAAUAUUAAUCUUACGGCAGAAGCGCAUAUUCCACCAUUGCUCGGGGUUGCUCCCUUAGGUCCAGUUCCAUUGCAAAAAGAGCAUCAACACCAAUUUCAAAUGAUGGAAGCAGCCUUUUAUCAUAUGCCUCAUCCGUCAGAUUCAGAGCGUAUGAGACCAUACUUACCUCGAAAUAACUGUCCAACUCCUCCUUAUUAUCAACAGGUUCAAUUACCUCAUUCGGAUACUGUAGAAUUUUUUCAACGUCUUUCAACGGAAACGUUAUUUUUUAUAUUCUAUUAUAUGGAAGGAUCGAAAGGACAGUAUCUAGCUGCUAAAGCAUUAAAAAAACAAAGUUGGAGAUUUCAUACAAAGUAUAUGAUGUGGUUUCAAAGACACGAAGAACCAAAAAUCAUUAACGAGGAAUUUGAACAGGGAACUUACGUCUAUUUCGAUUACGAAAAAUGGGGUCAAAGAAAAAAAGAAGGUUUUACAUUUGAAUACAAAUAUUUAGAAGAUCGUGAUUUGAAUUAAGAAUCAUAAAUUAUUUCCUGAAAAGUCGCUACUUCUCUAAUUAUACAAAUAUUUUAUACCACCAUUUAUUAUACUUGUAAAAAAAAUCUGCGUAACUCCAAGAAUUUAAAAAUAUCUAAAUGCUAAGAUAUAUGUUAAAUUUAAACAAUUUUGAAUGACGAUUGUAAGACAUAUUUUGCACCAUAUGUGACGUAACAGUACAUAUGAAGUAUUAAUUUGUCAAAUUUAUCAAGUUAUUAAUAGUAAUUAAAGUAUGCUUAUCUCUAUGAAGGCAAAACUAUUUUUGUCAUCUUCUGUAUCGUACGAAGUUGUGCAUUUUUGUAUACUAAUUAGCCUGUUCUUGAUGAAUUUCUUUUACUAUAAAUUUACGUAAAAAUAAUAUAAUUUCUUUAUACCAAA